AUUAAUGUGUUCCAUGUAUUAUAAGGUCCUGUUCUUACAAUUUAAUGUUACAUUAUAAAUAAGGAGGUCCUUUUUUCACCUCCUUGGGUGGAACAUUGGACCAUUCUACAUACGUCACGGCCUGCGCGGGGUCUGCUCGGUGAUUUGAAGUCUUGUUCGACCGUCAAAGUCACCUGUGAAAGCUCCUUGGAAGGACAAAAUGGCAGAAUUUGAAUCUAAGAUGCAAGCUUGGAUCAAGGACGAGCAAUGUGAAGUUGGGAGGAUCCUUACAAGAUUGCUCUUUGAUAUACAGGGGAAAUGUUUGGAAGAAGCACGGAACGACGUGAAUAGUUUUCGUGAAAGGGUCCGAAAUGCUCUGUGUAAAAUGCACGAAGCUCACGGCGUCCUCGCACUGGGGCAGGGGGUACAAAAGAUUACGUACCAAGAUCCUUUCUACCAGUUGGGGUACCUUUACAAGCUUUCUAUGCUUUCGGGUCGAAGUCUUUCAAAGGUAAUCUACUACUCCAGGGCCAUGGAAAACAGGACAAUGCAAACCAGCAUCACCGUUGUCUGUCUGGGCGGUGGACCAGGGUCAGAUGUCCUAGGCGUGUUGGACUACUUCGUGAAGUGUAUGGCACACUUCCAGGGCCAACUGAACAUACAGCUGUAUGACAGGAGGGACAAGUGGGCAGCAUGUUGGGGGAGUCUGAAGACUGCUAUCAAUGCAGAGCUAUAUGACGGCAGGAUCAGUGUAAGCUUCCAUGACUUUGAUGUCACCACAGAUGACAAGAACAAACCUAACCUUCAGAAUGCUGACAUCAUCACCAUGCACUACUUCAUGGAGGAAGUGUACUCGGAAAGGAACGAACCGAAUGUGGUGGAGUGUUUUGACUACAUACUCCAGACGGCCAAACCUGGUGCCUUGUUCCUGUACUCUGGGAUGUUCAUGUAUGGGGCUAUAGACUGGGUACAUCAACUCUUCAACAACUGUGAGCUUCUGACACCAGGAACUGAACCUCCUCACAGGUGGUAUCAAAAUCACAGGACCACCCUUACAGAAUGGAUUCCCUGUAUUGAGGUCAACUUAAAUCAUGAAAGAGACUUGCAGCUGUUUGAUGACAUCAAAGGGGACCUGGAACGCUUCUAUGAUCCGAAGGAAGUUGCUCAGAGAUGCCACGGAAAAGUCAUCUAUCGUCUGUACAGAAAAGUGAACAAUCAUAGCCACUGGUACUGGUAGUGUUUGAAAUGAAUGUGUUACUAAACACUAUGUUUCAAAACCUAUGGAUUACAAUCUAGUUUUCUACUACUUGUACUACCCGGUAGUGACAAUGAUGUGUACAUGUUUGUAUGGCUGUAA